AUGUACAUGGACCUGGUCACCGUGCUGUGCACGCUCGAGGACCUCAAGGGCUUCCGGAUGCACAGCACCGUCUACUGCAACCUGGCGCCCUGGCUGGUGCGGCAGGUCCUGGGCGACCGCGACCCCUACAAGGGCGGCCUUGCCGACGCCGACGUCGAGGCAGCAUUCGCCGGCGACGGAACGCCGGCCGAAUCGGUUCAUACCGUCCUACCAUGA